AUGUCUGGCUGGGUUCAAGAGAAGUCUGGCGAGGCCACGAAGAUGGCAUCCAAGACGGGGCAGUCCAUCCAGGACCGCGCCGUCGAGGCAAAAGACCAGACCGGCAGCUUCCUUGGCGAGAAGAGUGAAGUUGUCACGAAGGCUGCCUCCGAGACUACGGAGGCAGCCAAAAAGAUGAGUGGCGAGGCCAUGGCGAAGGCCCCGGUCGCCCCCAAGGAAAAUGUCUUCCAACAGGCUGGCGGGAAUAUGGUGGGUGCUGCUACGGAUGCCAAGGAUGUUGUCAUGAACACACUCGGGAUGGGAGGAGGCAAGUGA